GAGACGCCCCGCCUACGGGAGUCAGAGGAGGCGGGGCGAGGACUGGGCCGGAAGCGGCGGGCGAAAACGGGAAGGGGCUUUUGCCGUGGUUCGGGCCGAAGGAAAGACAAUUUGGGCGCCGAGGCGGAAAGCUGCGGUAACUCAAGAAGAAAGUCCCAAUGGCAGAACUAUCAGCCCACUUUUCCCAGGUCCCGCGUGGGCAACUGAGAGAGAACGCUUCUGACAAUCAGCUGACCAAUACGAAUGUCAACAAUGAAAGACGACAACAGGAGAGUGGUGACCAGAGAGUGAACAAUCCUACUCCAGCAUCUAAUGGACAGCCACAGCCAAGGCCUCGACAAGUGGUGGAGCAAGAAGAGGAGGAGGAGGAAGAGCUGACACUGAAAUAUGGGGCCAAGCAUGUGAUCAUGCUCUUUGUGCCUGUCACAUUAUGUAUGGUAGUUGUGGUUGCAACCAUCAAGUCUGUCAGUUUCUACACGCGCAAGGAUGGGCAGCUAAUCUAUACUCCAUUUACAGAAGAUACAGAAACUGUUGGACAAAGAGCUCUGAAUUCUGUUCUCAAUGCUGCCAUCAUGAUUAGUGUCAUUGUUGUCAUGACUGUACUCCUGGUUGUGCUUUAUAAAUAUAGGUGCUAUAAGGUGAUCCAUGGUUGGCUCAUUGUUUCUUCUCUCUUUUUGCUUUUCUUUUUCUCAUUUAUUUACUUAGGGGAGGUUUUUAAGACCUAUAAUGUUGCCAUGGAUUACAUUACUGUGGCACUCAUGAUUUGGAACUUUGGUGUGGUCGGAAUGAUCUGCGUUCACUGGAAAGGCCCCCUCCGUCUUCAACAGGCCUACCUCAUCAUGAUAAGUGCUCUAAUGGCUUUGGUGUUUAUAAAGUAUCUUCCAGAAUGGACUGCUUGGCUCAUUUUGGCAGUAAUCUCAGUGUAUGAUCUGAUUGCAGUAUUGUCUCCCAAAGGGCCUCUUCGUAUGCUAGUAGAAACAGCUCAAGAAAGAAAUGAAACUUUGUUCCCAGCACUCAUUUACUCAUCAACAAUGAUAUGGCUAGUAAAUAUGGCUGAACAAGAUACUGAAGCCCAGAAGGGAGCAUCUAAAAAUGCCACUUACAGUCAGCAAGUUACAGUGAAUCAAAAUCAGAAUGCAGGUCCUGAGGUAGAUGAUGGAGGUUUCAACCCAGAAUGGGAGCAGCAACGAGACAACAGGAUUGGCCCAAUACAAUCCACCCGUGAAACACGAGCAGUGGUUCAGGCACUUCCCACUAAUUCCCUAGCAAGCGAGGAUCCAGAAGAGAGAGGAGUUAAGCUUGGCUUAGGAGAUUUCAUUUUCUACAGUGUUCUAGUUGGCAAAGCUUCAGCAACAGCCAGUGGAGACUGGAACACAACUUUAGCCUGUUUUGUAGCCAUUUUAAUUGGCCUGUGCCUUACCCUCUUGCUACUUGCCAUUUUUAAAAAGGCCUUACCAGCUCUUCCAAUUUCUAUCACUUUCGGGCUAGUUUUCUAUUUUGCCACAGAUAACUUGGUGCAGCCUUUUAUGGACGAAUUAGCUUACCAUCAAUUUUAUAUCUAGCACCUUUUCAGCUGAUCACCUGUGGACAUUUUAUUGAAUUUAGCAAAUACAGGAGGGAGAAACUAUCUUCCCGUCAUUUCCUAAAACAGCUGCUAUGCUGGGCAUUACUGGAUUCUUCUUUGUAAAAAUGGUCUCUUCACCAGUGGGUUUUCUGCCAUUUGACUGCAGUCAGUUACAUCUCUUUAAAAGAACAGUCUGUAGAAAAGAUGCCAAUGCCUGGGGUUCCACUUUGCACCAAUCAAGAAUGCUGAGGGUUCAUCCACUGUUAAGCGGUAUGAUGAUUAAUCAAGCUGAACUGCCUGAUAAGUGAGUGUGAUGCCAUAACAGGAACUAUCAGCGCUUGUAGCCUGAGGCCACUCGGAGAAGAGCAAUUGGAACGAAAGAAUAUUAUCUUGUUUAAAGGGAAAAAUCAAGCAAAUAACGUCUUGCACUUUUUGUUAGGUUUUUUUUUCUUUCCAAUUUUAAUUGUCAUACUUGCAGAACAGUCUAUAUGCUCCUUGCCAGAUCAACACAGAACACACACACAGAUUCUUCUGCCCAAAAAUUCUGGGAAUUUGGGGUACAGUAGACAUAUCCUGGGAUUCUUUGUGUAAAAACAAAAUCUCAUUUCUUAUUAAGCUAUGUAAUCUAUUUCUAGACAUUUCCCCUUCCCUAAAAUAUGUUGAAUAUUCAUUCAGCUUUCAAGAGAGUUUUAUAAUUUAUUCCAACAAGGAGGUAAGAAACUAAAAACUAUGAAACAGCAACAGAAAAUUGCAAUGAAAUCUUGGGGCUUUUUUAAAAAAAUAAAACAAAACCCGACUUCAUCUUUUGUUCUGAAUUUUUUUUAUAUAUAAUUCCUUGGGACCAUUUUAUAAGAAAUGUAUAUAUAUAUAUAUAUAUGCAUAUGUAUUGCAAUAUAAAAUUAAAAAAGAAUGAUACAUACUAUUAACUGUCUCCCUCCCAGACUGCAAUAAAGCAAUCUUGUUCGAAUGAAAAAUACAUCUCAAUUGAACAUACAUAUGAAUUUGUUGAAUACAUUCUAUAAUUAUUAGAACCUAGCUUAGCCUUGCUCAAAAAAACACUCAGAAAAAUUGUGGGGCGGGGGAGGUGGCGCAGGAGGAGUAACUUAAUUUUACUGUACAUGUAUUUUCUGUUCAAAAUAUCAUUCCAGAAAUUUCCUAAUGGGGAUCUCUGUUGAAUGUACCCCUUUAUUCAAACACCCAAAACAACCGUCAGCAAUGGGGUGCUUCCCUUGGAACCCCAUUGUAUAUAUUACCUUUCCUUAUUCAUCACAUGUUGAAAAUGUCAUCUUUUAGGAUUCAGAGGAAAUUGGAGCAUUUCUAUAUACCUGCCUAGCUUGUCCUAAACCACUGAAUAGUAUCCAGCUACCUAUUACAUUCAGUCAGUGAAAUGAAAUUUAUCCCUACACACACACACACACACACAGUUAUUAUUUUGUUUAUACUGAUACUUGAGCGUCUUUCUUUGGUUUGUGAAGCUGAGAUUGUAAAUAUAUAAGACUACCAAAGAAGUCUGCCGAAGUCUGGUACUACUGUUGAGCUCAUCCAAGCACUGUUAUUGGCAUUACAAGUCUGCAGUGCAUCUGCUGAUAGUUUUAUUCCAGAGAUCAUUUGAACCUGAUAAUCAUACAGGUCACUUGUUAUCCACCAAUCUAACACUUCAGUCUGCCAUUACAGAAGUCAAUAUAAGCUUUCCAUGAAUUUCAAAGACCCUUUAAAAAAACAUUUAUAAUAAAAGUAGGAGUCUUCACUGACUUACUGAGCCAUUUUUAGAUCCUAAUUCUUAAUGUAUGAAAACUGGCCAUUUCCCGAACAUAUUGUAAUGUCUUCUUUGGAAUUUCUAGAACAUUUCCUGGGAAUUUUUAAUAACUGUAUUUCCAACACUUUUGAAAGGCAUCAGGUAGAUUGUACAGGCAUCUCUGGAUUGCAACAACAGCAUAUACUGCAAACACAGGCUCCUGUGAUAGAACACUUCUUUGUGCAAAUUGUUCUUUAUAUUUAGGAAAGUAGUCAUUUAGGGCAGAAUUGCCUCUUCUGGGCACAUUCAUUUAAGUGAAGGAAUGGAGUAUUCUGCCUUCCAAGCCCACACAUGUCGUAUCAGAUUUUGCAGAUGAGAGUUUGAGAAUUGAAUCAUGGUCAUAAAACGUGUAAUGAUUCUACAGAAAUAUGAACAUGCGUCUGCUUUACCCCAAAUUACAAGAGCCAGUGGUUCUUAAUGAACGUAAUCAACAAUUAAAUACACCAAGUAUUCUCUGUGGGUUUUGAGCAUGCAUCUAAGAAAUGCAAACAGAUUCAGAAAAAAAGCAUGCUUGUUGCAAGAUGUUAAUUAGACUAGACUCAAAAGCAACCAGUUUGGAGAUUUAGCAAGCAUUAACUUGGUUAUAAAUAAUUAUGACUCAAUUCUAAGCUUCCUGGAAAUCAGUUUAACUCUAGGCAGCUAUAACUUGAACACCCUUCAAUACUUUCUGAAAAGUAAACUCAAUAUGGAGAUACUGUGUUGAUCAGGCCCAUAAGAGUUGCUUUAAGAAUCCCUUAAUACAGGAUAAGUUCUGUUACCAUCAAAUUGAUUCUGAUUGUUAUGGACUAUUUAACGGAAGCUUGCAAGUCAAAAAGUUUAAAAAGUUAUAACAUGAAAGUGAAAUUCUUGUACUUUUUUUUUCAUUAGGCUUUAGAGAGAUUGUAAAUGAAAACUAAGUUACUAUCUAUAGCAGAAUUUGAAAUGUCCUAAUUUUCACUAAUAUUUGAUGUGGUGUAUUCAAAUGCUAGUAAUUACCUAACUUCUAAGGGCUGCAGUAAGCUGAAAAAGCAGAAUAUUUUAGUAUAAAGCAUAAUUUGGAUGUCUUCACAAGGGAUGUCCCAGCUGAGAUUCUAUUGUACAUGUUGCUGAUGCAGCAUGAAAAAUAUUACAGUACCAUUAGGAAAAGAUUUUUAGCAAGGAUACUCGAAGGCAGAUCACUUUAAUUAAUAAAUUAUUUUUGCAGUGAUGCCUAAAGAUCAUCUACAAGAAAUCCAUAGCACACGAACCUGUACAGAGGGGUGAUUUUGUCUAGUAUAACAUGUUUACAAGUAAGAAUAAUGGAAAUGCAAUAGAAUUGGAUUUUUAGUCCUUUUUAUUUUAGUUUUUUGAGACACUGAUUUAUUGAUUAUAUAAAAUGAAUGUGAAUAAGCUUUUUAAAAAUAUCUUUUCAAGAUAUAAUUUUGACAAGUUGUUGCUAUUUACCUUGUAUUUAUCAAUUAUUAAUAAAUAACGCAUGGAUCCAA